AUGGCUUCAUCGAACACAGAAAAGACAGGGUCGAUAACAGCAAAACGGCACGAAGGCGCAGAGGACGAGCAGGUCGACGACGAUGCAACGCUCUUGGCCCAAUUAGACGAUGACUUUGAGUUGAGCGGGCUUCGUGAACGACGACUGGAAGAGUUGCGAAAGGAAUUCACCAAAAGCCAACAAAUGUCGGAAAAUAAUCACGGAAGAUACGUGGAAAUCAAGGAGGAAAAGAAGCUGAUUCAAAUCACUGCGAAAGCCAAGACUGCAGUCGUACACUUCUUUCACCCAGAUUUCGAACGAUGUAAAACGAUGGACAAGAAACUAGAGGUGCUCGCAUCGAAGUAUUUCUCCGCCAGAUUCCUAAGAGUAGAUGUUGCCAACGUACCCUGGUUGGUAGAUAAAUUGCAGAUCAAAAUCUUACCUUGUGUAGUUGGAUUUUUGGAUGGAGUUUCAAAGGAUCGGAUUGUUGGAUUCGAGGGUAUAACGGGAGAAUCGAGCAAAGAAAUCAACCUACUAGCCCUCGAAUUACGAUUAAAACAAGCUAAUCUGGUCAAAGACGAGGUUAAUAAUGGUCCAGCUCAAGCUCCUCAUCAACGAGCCAAAUCCGGAUCGGGUAUCAGACAAGAUUCAGAUGGCAAUUCGUCGGACUGGGACGACUAA